AUGAAGUUUCCUUCACCUAUAUGGAUGCACGUCAAGUCGUUCUUGAUUUUAAUUCUAUUAUCAGUUGUGUGUGGCCAAGAUAGAAAGAUAACUUCAAAACUAAAUCCUGGCUGUAAUACAUGUUCAGCGGAGACAACUUUAGUGUAUGUAAGAUGUGAUGGAUCAGCCGACUCUAUUCAUCAGAUUUGGGACUUUACAAGACAUUUACCAACAGUUAUAUUCACAAUUGCCUCAUUAAAUUCAACUUUAAAUGUAACAUGGGAUGGAAAAACACCAAAAAGUUUUGCACUGUCAGAGAAACCUCAUUACAGCUUUGCUACUGCUAUUGAUAAGCUAUAUGAAUAUAAUGAUUUGGACGACAAUGGCUUUAUUGUGCCCAAGUAUCCACAACAUGAGUACAGUCUUAGCAAAGUGAUCUGGCACCUCAAUGAGAGCAGAUUUGCUGACAAGGAAGUAAUGGUGUAUUUAAAUGGCUUUAUUGACGAUGAAAGAAUCCGAGGCAUCAUCAAUAUUAAGCUGGAUCUCAUUCCAUUCAAAGAUUAUGCGACAGACCUGCCACAUUUAAUCCACACAGCUAACUCGACACUAUUCGACAUCAGCUUAACAAAUCUCACAACUAGGUCGCAUUAUAAUGCCUCCCGGUUUGCCUUGCAUCUAUUAAUGAUAAGUACGGAUCAUGUAACCGAUACAAUGCAUUUCACGAUGAGAAAGAGUCUUGAUGACGAACAUACUCCUGGAGUGUUCGAGAUAAUAGAGAUCAAGACCCCAUCAUUGUAUAGUACUGGUGAGGGCGGGUACCUCCAGUUUCGUCCCGUGGGCUACACUCAGCCGGAGCGCGGCGUCGCAAGCUCUACUGUGGCGCAUGUGUCAGAUUUUAAUAGAACAACGCUGCCUUACCGUAGUACGUUAAGGCUUUUCUACGGCGGAUCUGACAUAGCUGACUUAUUAGUACAGGAUAUGUUUGUAUCGUUCGGUGAAAACGGUGACGGAUUUUACAAACAACACAAUUAUACAGCUUGGUCGUUCACAAUAGGUUACGGUACACCACCAGUGGAAAAAUUCUCACUCUUCGUUAUAAUGAUUAUAUCUAUAGGACUUGGCGUACCUUUAGCACUCGCAUUAUCUGGUAUUGUGUAUGUCGUUUUAAGACGGUACAGACAACGAUCUAUAACGAGAUUCACUAAUGAAGACUAG